AUGAGACCAAAUUGGAGCGGAAACCAGAUUGCUACAGUAUCCCUACCAGAGCACAUGGCGACAAAUAUGGUGAUGAGGGGCAGGACUAGAAUCGGUCUUGUAUACUGCAGAGUCAGACUUCAUUCACCGAAAAUCAUCAGGUGCUUCCGGUGCCAUUGCUACGGCCAUCGAGCGACAGGUUGCAAGUUGAACGAUCGGAGCGCGAACUGCAUGACGUGUAGAGGACCUGGUCACCUAUCAAAGGAGUGUAAAGAGCCUCCCAAUUGUUUCCUGUGCGAGGAAAUGAAGAAGAAGAAGGAUCAUUUUCCUGAAAUCGGCAAAUGCGAAGCCUAA